AUGGCCACCAUUGACCGUCCACUGAUACUCUACAUCUCUCCCCCUGCCUGGUCACUACCCAGCACGUCCGCCCACUCAAUCAUUGCACUUCUAUUUCUCCACAUCCACUUCCCUACAAAAUACGCUGUCGUAGAAUGCACAGAUCCCGACAUCUCCCCAACAGGCACACUCCCCUUUCUCGCACAUGUCCUACAUACGGUCGCACCCCUUGGCGAGAUAGUGGGAUAUUUGUCCACACUGGAUCCAGAGACACUCGUGCCUACUAAAGGGGUGACGGUCGACCAAGGCUUGACUCCCCUCGAGAAGCAGGAGACAGUCGCUUGGAAGGCGUACAUGGAUUCCAACCUUGGGAACUUACUUUCAUUGACAAUGUACGCUGACCUUCCGAACUAUGUGAGCACGACCCGCCCUGCCCUCGCGCGCAACAUGCCCCUCCCCAUGGUCUAUUACGUACCCCGGCGAAUACGGAAAGAGCAUACAGACCGCUUGGAGCAGCUUGGAUGGGGUAUCGCGGAGGAGGAGGUGCAGGAGAGGACGAAGAGCCAUCCGGAGAGCAGAGUUAUAAACACAGAUGAGCUGAAGAGAGCUUUCCGACGGGAUAAGCAUGUAGAGCGCGCCACACCGAUACUUGAAGACCUGUCCCACUUGCUGGGCUCAAGAGACUACAUAUUUCAAAACCGCCCCACAUUGCUGGACAUUUACAUGGCCUCUUAUCUCUCUCUGCUCAUCCUCCCCCCCUUUCCAGACAACUUCAUCUCCUCCCUCAUCCGUGCCUCCUACUCCAAGCUCUUCACCCACACGCACCGGAUUCUCGCCUUGCUCCCAUCAUGGCCGGAUGAGAUGCCCAAGCUGCCACCACCGCAGACAUCCCUGUUCGCCCCACUCACACGGACACUGCGCGCCAUACCGACGAUCGUACCUGUGCUCAAGUCGCGCAUGACGCCUCGAGAAGACCCGGCGCAAGCAACGGAGCAACUACAAGAGACCGGACUCUUCUCCGUCGGGAACCUCGUGUAUGCCGGCAUUGGCCUGGGUGCGGCGCUCGCUUUUGCAGGAGCAAGUGGUUGGAUAAGCCUCGCACCGCCCGAGGUUGAGUUGGACGAGAAGGUAGAGGCUAUCGUUGAGGAAGUGAGAGUGAUGGACGACGGGAGGACGGUUGUGGAAGAAAUUGAAGUGACUCUAGGAGUGAAAGAUGACUAGGUAUCCCCAAAC